AUGAAGCUUUUUGUCAAUCGCGUUUUUGCCUUUGGAUCAGCCAUUGCCGCCUCAGCGGGCUUUUCGCCGCGAAGGAAUAUCCUCUCAAGAGUAACGAAUCCAAACUGCGAUGAGUUUUCUCUCGCCGCAGCUGCUGAAUGCGAGGAUGAGUGCGACGUUGAUCUAGUCCUCUGCAUAAAUCAAUGUAACGAGUCUCAAGAUCCGACCAACUGCUCGCGAAACUGCUUCGAUGUCCAGGAAAAGUGCAGACGAGGCUGCCCAUGCCACGACGGAUGCUAUAACGGGUGCGAGCAAUGUCCUGAAGUCUCCCAAUGUAUCAACUGCCUGCCCGAAUCUGAAUGCCGCGACGCAUGCACCGACAAGCUCUGCGCUGACCAGAUCAAGUGUGAAAUUUACAACUCGUAUUGCAUGGACGAUGCUCGUCGAACUUUCGAUGCUUGUGAAGGUCCAAACGGAAUCGCUUUCGUCGAUUGUCCGUACGAAACAGAGUCAAUCUCAAAGUGCUCGAAUAUUUAUGGCGGCGGCAUCUGCUGCUGGAACGAGAACACUGGCAAAUGCGGCAAGGUGAACCCUUACGGCGAAUUUUAG